AUGGAGGUGGACCACCAGCCCUUCGCGAUGAUUCGAGAGAUGUCGGGUGAAGUCUUUGCAUCCUUCCCCUUUGAAGGCAUCUUGGGUUUGGCCUUCCCUUCACUGUCCUUCGGUGGUAUCACGCCAUUCUUUGAAAGGGUCAUUGAAAAAAAGCUCUUGAAAAGGAAUGAAUUUGCCUUCUACCUCAACGCAGAUAGCAGCCGCCCCAGCGCCUUACUUUGGGGUGGUGUCGAUAAGGACCUGUAUGAAGGUGACAUCCUGAUGUUCCCCGUGAAGAAAGCGCACUACUGGGCACUGGAGUUGGUCGACUUCAGGAUUGGAAACCGAUCUCUAAUGGAGGAUGAGAAGCACUCAAAGACGAAGUAUUUGAUCGUGGACACUGGUACAACUUACUUCACGGCCCCUGGAUCAAUCUACGAUGAGAUCAUUGCUACCUUGCAAGAGGCACCCUGCCCUCAAGUGGAUUCCUAUGUGCCUUUGACCUAUGUCCUUCGAAGUGGUUCCGGUGACACCUUCAACCUGGAGGUGACUCAGGAAACGUACAUGGUGGCGGAUGACUCGGAGGACUGCCAGCCGGCCUUCAUGAAGUUGGACCUCAAGAAGCAGUAUGGUCCUGCAAUGAUCCUGGGGGAGGUCUUCAUGCGCCACUUCUUCACCGUCUUCAGCCGUGGCAAUGGCGACCUCACAGAGGCCAAGGUGGGCUUUGCCAAGGCGAAGUUGGGAGCCAUGCCCAAGGUAUCUUCCAACAUCGGAUCACUUGUCCAGAUCCAAGAGGCGUCGUUGAUGCGUAGAAACCCCGAACGUUGA